AUGCCCGAAGGACUGCCGCCCAUGAGAGAUAUCCAGCACUAUAUUGACUUAGUGCCAGGAGCAAGUCUCCCGAACUUGCCACAUUAUCGAAUGAGCCCAAAGGAGAAUGCUAUUUUGCAAGUGCAGGUAGAGGGGUUAAUUCAGAAGGGACACUUGCGAGAGAGUAUGAGUUCAUGCGCAGUACCGGCCCUACUUGUACCGAAGAAAGAUGGGAGUUGGCGAAUGAGCGUGGAUAGCCGGGCAAUAAACAAGAUCACGGUCAAGUAUCGAUUUCCUAUUCCCCGAAUAGGUGACAUGUUUGAUAUGCUAUCUAGGGCUAAGAUUUUUUCGAAGAUUGACUUGAGGAGUGGAUAUCACCAAAUCCGUAUACGACUGGGAGAUGAAUGGAAAACUACGUUCAAGACUAAAGAGGGGCUUUAUGAGUGGAUGUUACUCUUCCUCGGAUUUGUAGUCGGUGCCGAUGGAAUUCGAGUGGAUGAAGAGAAGGUGAGAGCAAUCCAAGAAUGGCCCACGCCCAAGUCAGUGGGAGAAGUAAGAAGUUUCCAUGGGCUAGCAACUUUCUAUAGAAGUGAAAAGCUUGGAGAAGCAAGACAGAAGUGGUCAACAUAUGAGUUGGAUCUUUAUGCUGUCUUGAGAGCCCUCAAGGUGUGGGAGCAUUACUUGAUCCAACGAGAGUUUGUCCUCUAUACCGACCAUCAAGCAUUAAAGUUCAUCAAUAGUCAAAAGAGUCUGAAUCGGAUGCAUGCUCGGUGGGUUUCUUACAUCCAACGGUUCACUUUUUCUCUCAAGCAUAAGUCGGGAAAACUGAAUCAUGUAGUUGACGCAUUAAGCCGCCGAGCUACCCUGCUGAUCUCCAUGAAAGCUGAAGUGACUGGAUUCAAGUACCUAAAGGAGUUGUACGAGGAAGAUGAAGAUUUUGGUGAAACCUGGAAGCAUGGCAAGGCGGGGCAACCAAUUUUUGAGAUACAUAUUCAGGAGGGGUAUUUAUUUCGUGGGAAUCGGCUGUGCAUUCCGAGGAGUUCCUUACGAGAACAAAUAAUCUGA